AUGCCCUCUAAAGACACCCAGAAAAGUAGUAGUAGAGGGAGAUUAGAAGACAAUGAACAAGAAGAGGAAGAGAAGAAGAGAGGAAAGCGAAGAUGGAUUUUUUGCAAACCAUCGCAUCACGAAACCACGAUACAGCACAAUGAAGCUAAGAACUUAACUAAUAGCAAUGCUGCUAAUACUUGUGAUUCUAAAAAUCCUGUCCCUGAGGCUGCCGAAGCGGCGCAAAGAUUGAAUGGGGACAACAUAUUAUUGUGUUCGUACGAGACCAACAACGUUGCCGUCAUGGUUGACGUUGAGUUCACAUUCAGUGGUAGCCACAUUUCGGAUGGAGUUUUGAACAUGGAAUCCCUAACAAGAAUUGGUGAAUCACUGGUCCAAACAAGGAAAGGAAAGCCCGUCUAUGGCGGCGUAAGCAGAGCUAUCCAAUCCAAUUACGGUUUCAGUGCUACUGCGGAUCAACUCCAUUAUAAUCCCAACAUCGUUAUUUUCUUCUUGGAAAAUGACUUGAAAAAAUACACAAAAAUGACGUUGCGCUUCACUAGAAUCACCACAUCAACUAUUUUCUUGCCACGCCAGGUUGCCGAGAAAAUACCCUUUUCAUCCAAGAAAAUGCCACAAAUUCUUGACUACUUCUCGGUGAAACCCAACUCCAUGGAAGCCAAGACAAUCAAGCAAACAAUCAAAGAAUGUGAAAAGCCUGGAAUCAAAGGAGAAGAGAAAUAUUGCGCGACUUCACUAGAGUCCAUGCUCUUCUUUAAAUAA